UAAUUAAACUAAAGUUUUAGAACAUAUCCUUUUACCACCACCAUCGUCUUAGUAUCCCUUUCUUGCUUUUAUUAUUCUGUUCAUUAAUCGAGAUGCUCAGCCAUUUAAUCCACGCCGUCGCCGGCGACGACAAAGGCAACGAGGAGAUGAGGCCGGGGAAGAUGAAGGCCACUGUGGUUCUGAUGAAGAAAAAUGUUCUGGAUUUCAAUGAUUUCCAUGCAUCUUUUCUUGAUGGCUUUCAUGAGUUGCUGGGGAAAAGAGUUUCGUUUCAGCUCAUCAGUACUGAAAGUGGCGAUGCUACCAAUGGAAUGCAAGGAAAACUGGGGAAGCCAGCAUAUUUGGAGGACUGGAACUCUUCAGAAUCUUCCGUCGUGGCCUGCGGGGAAUCUAAAUUCAGUGUUAACUUCGAUUUCGAUGAAGAAAUCGGGAAACCCGGAGCUGUUCUGAUUAAAAACCAUCACCACAGUGAAUUCUAUCUCAAAACUGUUACUCUGGAACAUGUUCCAGGCCAUGGUCGGAUUCACUUUGUCUGUAAUUCUUGGGUUUAUCCCGACGAGAGAUAUCAAAAACCUAGAGUUUUCUUCACUAACAAGACGUAUCUUCCGCAAGAGAUGCCGGAACCAUUACGUAAAUACAGAGAAGAAGAGAUGAAGGCCUUGAGAGGCAAUGGCCAAGGAGAGCUUCAAGAAUGGGAUCGUGUCUAUGACUAUGCUUACUACAAUGAUCUCGGCGACCCCGACAAGGGCCACGAAUACGCCCGCCCGGUUCUCGGCGGAUCCACCGAGUACCCGUAUCCUCGCAGAGGAAGAACAGGCAGACCCCCAUCUAAAACAGAUCCCAGGACUGAGAGUAGGAUACCACUUUUGAUGAGCUUAAACAUAUAUGUCCCCAGGGACGAACGAUUCGGACACUUGAAGAUGUCGGAUUUUCUCGCUUAUGCACUGAAAUCUAUAGUUCAAUUCAUUAUACCCGAGCUUCAAGAUCUAACCAAUAAAACUCAAAACGAAUUCGACUCAUUCGAGGAUGUUCUUAAGUUCUACUAUGGCGGAGUUAAGCUUCCUUCAGGACCUUUGCUUGAUAAUAUCGUCAACAACCUCCCCUUGGAGAUUCUCAAAGAAGUUUUCCGGACUGAUGGGGAACAACUUUUGAAAUUUCCUGUGCCUCAAGUGAUCCAAGACAGUAAGACUGCAUGGAGAACUGAUGAAGAAUUUGCCAGGGAAAUGCUUGCUGGAGUUAACCCUGUUAUAAUUCGUCUUCUUGAAGAAUUUCCUCCAACAAGCAAGCUAAAUCCUGAAGUUUACAGCAACCAAAACAGUGCCAUAACCAAGGAACACAUUGAGCACAACCUAGAGGGACUCACCAUAGAAGAGGCACUGAGAGCCAACAGGUUAUUCAUAUUGGAUCAUCAUGAUUCACUUAUGCCGUAUCUGCGGAGGAUAAAUUCUACGACCACCAAGACUUACGCAUCUCGAACCAUCUUGCUUCUACAUAACGAUGGGACUUUGAAGCCACUGGCAAUUGAAUUGAGUUUGCCACAUCUGAGCGGGGAUCAACUCGGUACUGUUAGCAAGGUUUACACACCUGCAGAACAUGGAGUUGAAGGCUCAAUAUGGCAGUUGGCUAAAGCUUACGUUGCUGUAAAUGAUUCUGGUGUUCAUCAAAUCAUAAGCCAUUGGUUGAACACUCAUGCGACAAUGGAGCCAUUCGUGAUAGCGACGAAUCGACAGCUGAGUGUAGUUCAUCCAAUUCAUAAGCUUCUCCAUCCUCACUUCCGUGACACGAUGAACAUCAAUGCAUUCGCUAGGCAGAUUUUGAUCAAUGGAGGUGGAAUCCUGGAAUUGACAGUUUUCCCUGCAAAAUAUGCAAUGGAAAUGUCAUCACUAAUUUAUAAAAGUUGGAAUUUCGUUGACCAGGCACUUCCUAUGGAACUCAAGAAGAGAGGAGUUGCAGUCGAUGAUGACAGUUCACCAAAUGGUCUUCGCCUUCUGAUAAAAGACUAUCCGUAUGCCGUUGAUGGACUGGAGAUUUGGUUCGCAAUCAAAAAAUGGGUGACAGAUUAUUGUUCUUUCUACUACAAGACUGAUGAAAUGGUUCGACAAGACCCCGAGCUUCAAGCCUGGUGGAAAGAACUCCGAGAGGAGGGGCAUGGUGACAAGAAAGACGAACCAUGGUGGUCUAAAAUGCAGACUCGAAAAGAGCUGAUCGAUUCUUGCACCACUAUCAUAUGGAUAGCUUCGGCUCUCCAUGCUGCGAUUAACUUCGGACAAUAUCCUUAUGCAGGCUACCUCCCGAAUCGACCAAGUAUAAGCCGUCGGUUCAUGCCCGAAGAAGGAACUCAGGAGUACGAGGAACUUGAGUCAAACCCCGACAAGGUGUUCUUGAAAACAAUAACUGCUCAACUGCAGACAUUCCUUGGAAUCUCCUUGAUAGAAAUCCUAUCAAGGCAUUCAUCGGAUGAGGUUUAUCUGGGGCAAAGAGACAGCAAAGAAUGGACAUCGGACGAAACACCGAUUGCAGAGUUCCAUGAAUUCGGAGAACGGCUUUCGAGGAUAGAGGAACGGAUCGUAGAGAUGAACAACGACAAGCAAUUGAAGAACCGGGUCGGUCCCGUCAAUAUGCCAUACACAUUGUUGUAUCCAACAAGUGAAGGUGGACUUACAGGCAAGGGAAUUCCAAACAGCGUCUCAAUCUGAUGCUUGUCUUCAAAUUUCUUCAACGGAGUUAUUUUAUUUAACUAUACCGUUUGUAAACAAAUUAAUGUUGGCUUGUGUGUGUGUGUUUUUUUUUUUUUACAAACUCACAUGUACACACACACUACAUUAUUAACCUUGAAAUCUGAAUUCCUAUU